AUGAAUGGCCGCAAUGCACCACUGUCACCUGUCUCUGUAGGCGGUAGCGAAUGGUCAUAUCCAACCACCGAUAAGGACGGGCUUCCAUACCAGAAUAACCGAGGUCAACUCAACACACCGCCCGACUCUGCCGGACCAGUCAAGCCGAUGAACAACUUCCCACCGGGGCCGAGGAGCGUCGGCGGCCCCUCGCCGCCCGCUUCCGUCGGGCGAUCGAGCGCCGGCACCAACCUAUAUGCAAGGAGCGAGAGCGGGAGGAGUCAGAGCCAGUCGGAAAACCAGGAGCUGAUGCUCUCAGAGCACUAUGUCUCUCUCAAGCGAUUCCUCUCAGCAACAUCGCGCGAUGGCAACCCGAAACCCCCACCGAACAAAGCUCGCGAUAAGCUGCAACGCCUCACCGGCGUCCAGUUUCUCGAACUCAGUACCGAUGUUUAUGACGAGUUGAAACGACGCGAACUUGCGAGCCGAGUACCCCCAGGUGCUCCACCCGGCUCUGGGCCUCCUGAUUACCUCUUACCCGAGGAAAAUUUCCACCCAAAGCGAAACCAAGCACGCCAGAAACUCUCUUCCCUUGGCCCCCCGCGGUUCCGUGACCUGGCCACCGACGUCUUUUGCGAGCUGGAGCGGAGGUUUCCGCGUUUUGCCGGUCCGGAUGUUCCUCGUGUAGGAAGCCCGAUGUCGGUCCGUGGAGGACCGCAGAGCCGCUCGCAGACGCCCGUAAACGGAAUGAACGGGUACCCCCCGAGGAACCAGAGUCGGAGACGCCCCUCCGAAGCUAGCUCGGUAAGGAGCGGGCGCGGGUUGCCAACGCCUUUGCAGGCUGGCUUCCCGAUUCCGCCAUCACCAGGCAUACCAAAUGGCGACUACGGGAGACCAAUGCCGAAGCAGUUUCAGAGCAACACCAUCGUCCCCAAUAAGAGCACGAUGGUAGAAGAGGACGAUGACGCCAUCAGCCCCACGAGUCCGGACCCGAACGCUCCAUAUGGGAUGCAGCGCGCCGCCGGGCAAAUCGAGCCGGACAAGAAGCUCAUUGAAGAAUACGAACAGCAAAUCAGGGAGCUGCAGGACAAGGUCAACAGCAUGGAGGACACAUUAAAGCGAAAGGAUGAUGAACUAAACGGCGCUCUGGAUGGCGAACGCUCGAAAGCGGCCGCGGCGGACUCGGCAAAACACGAGUGGGAUAGUACCCGCGCGAACCUGGAGGAUAAACUCGCCGAGGCUCAAGAGCUAAACGACUCCCUACAGCGGGAGAUCGAUAGGCUCCGGGGUGAGCACGAAAAUGAGGCGCAAGAGUUGAGGGACGAGCUUGAGCAGGCCAAGAGCGCAAGCCGUUCGGUGUCAAGUGGAGCGGCCGACACCGAGCUCGAACGGGAGAACAAGGCGCUACGUAUGGCACUAGAAGAGCAGGAGCAAGUGACUGAGGAAGUGCGGCGGGAAGCGCAAGAAUUCCUUCGGGAGAUGAGGACGAUCUCCCAGCAAAGCGGCGCCACCUGGGAUAGGCAAUCCGAGAUGGAGAAGACGAUAGAGUCGCUCGAGAAUGAAGUACGAGAGUGGCAGAAUCGCUAUGCGCGCACCAAAACACAGUUGCGCGACAUGCGCGGUUCCUCUGCCGGGCUCACGAUUGACCAGGACGCGGGCAGAUAUGUCCGCGAGAAGGGAUUUGUUGAGGACGGGGGAUUGGUUAAGGAUAUCCACGUCACAAAAUUCCAGCUCGCCAUCGACGAUCUUCUCAAGCAGGCUCGUGCGGACCCAGAGCGCGUGAUCGACGCUAUGAAGGCCGUCGUGGUCAGUGUCCGGCGGAUCACCAAAGACAUCGACACCUCGGCGCAAAAUGGAGAAGCGGCCAUGCAAUAUCAAAAGCCCAAGUCCCGGGUGUCAUCCACGGCCAACAACAUGAUCACAGCCUCCAAGAAUUUUGCGACCUCGGCUGGCAUUUCCCCAGUAUCGCUGCUUGAUGCAGCGGCAUCCCACCUGGUCGCGGCGGUCGUUGAGCUGCUUCGCGCAGCCAAGAUUCGCACCACUCCGGGCGACGAGUUGGAAGAAGAUGAUGACGGAACAGUGACCCCUGUGGACUCGACCGGAUUCUUCUCCCCGCAAAGCAACGGGCAGAGCAAGACGAUCCAGAACCUCGUCGAGCUGGUACGCGAUGAUGCCAACAUCAACCAAGUCACAGAGGAGAUCGGCGUCAUCACGGACGUAGUCGGGCAGUUGACGGCGGAGACGCAGGCGGCGGUGGGCCCCGGCCCCGACGGUCCUGAGCUGGUCAAGCGACUGGUGGCAUGCCGCGAACGUCUCAUGGAGGCCGGUAGCCGCGGGCUUGACCUCGCGGCCGGUGGCAGCGACAGCACGAGCCGCGAGUGGCAUAUGUGGAGCCAGACGCUACCACCCAUUGCUUUUGAGAUUAGGCGCGAGACCAAGGAGCUCGUGCAGAAUCUCGACCGGCUCGUUUUGAAUGGCGGCGCAGAUGACUUUGCAUAA